AUGAGGAAGUGGCUCAAUAUGAAGAACAGUGCUGAGAAGUUUCACUCAGACUAUGAUGCAACAGGUGAAACGCAAUUCUUCAAUUCUCGUUAUCAGUUUCCGAUUGCGUUUUCGUUUUCACGUUUCGAGUUGAAACUUGACCGGGAAUUUGCUUUCCUCUAUGUAUGUGGACUCAGCAACUGCGAGGGAAAGAAGAAAGAGUUGUUCGGAUCAAGAUCAUUACGUCGUGAGGGGUGGGUGAUGGAUGGUGGAAGCGGAAGGGAAGGUUUGGUGCAUGGGAAGAAAUCAAGUCGUGGGAGUGGCACUGGGGCAAUGGAGCUUAGAAUGUUCGUGGGGACGUGGAACGUGGGAGGGAAAUCACCAAACCAAAGCUUGAAUUUGAGGGAUUGGCUUACGUGUCCUUCUGCUGCUGACAUCUAUGUUAUUGGGUUCCAAGAAAUUGUACCGCUAAAUGCGGGGAACGUGCUUGGGCCGGAGGACAGUGGCCCAGCAGCGAAGUGGGUGGGCCUUAUACAGGAAGCCUUGAACAAUGGUGAAGACAACGAUGAAGGAAGCCUCAAGUGUGGGAAAAGUUCCUCAGAAUUCCUGUCGUUAGAGGAGGAGUUGGGUAAUGGAGAAAGGUCUCCUAAGAGUCCACCAAGCUACUGCUUAGCAGCAAGCAAGCAAAUGGUUGGUAUCUUCUUGUGCGUGUGGCUACGAACGGAUCUUUGCAACCAUGUUUCCAAUUUGAAAGUGUCCAGUGUUGGCAGAGGCAUCAUGGGCUAUCUUGGAAAUAAGGGUUCAACAUCAAUUAGCAUGACCUUGUACAACACCACGUUCUGCUUCGUUUGCACCCAUCUGGCUUCUGGGGAGAAGUUUGGUGACGAAUUGCGAAGGAAUUUGGAUGUCUCAGAAAUCUUGAAGAAAACUAAAUUUUGUCACUCCUGUAAAUCUCUUCCUCAUCCUCACCCUCCUGAAAACAUUCUGGAACACGAUAAUAUUAUUUGGCUUGGCGACUUGAAUUAUCGACUAGCUGCUGGCUACGAUGACACACAUGAACUACUAAAGAAGAACAAUUGGCAGGCAUUACUAGAUAAGGAUCAGCUAAGGAUAGAGCAGAGAGCUGGUCGAGUAUUCAGAGGUUGGAAUGAAGGGAACAUAUAUUUUGCUCCUACUUACAAAUAUUUGACCAAUUCUGAUCACUAUGUUGCCCAAUCCUCCAAAUCCAAGGAAAAACGACGAACUCCUGCUUGGUGUGAUCGAAUUCUGUGGAAAGGAGAAAAGUUGAAUCAGAUGUGGUAUGUUCGAGGAGAGUCCAAAUUCUCAGAUCACAGGCCAGUUUAUUCACUGUUCUCUGUUGAAGUGGACUUGAAGAGCAAAAAUCUAGCUCCCAGGUCGUGCAACUUAAAACCUUUGACAAGUACUGCAUUGUCAUCAACUUGUUGUGCUGCUAAAGUCCAAGCAGAAGAACAACUCUUGCUGCUAACGAGGGCUCAGAGUUGCAUCAACACAAAGAGUGACUCCGAAGUCUUUCCAGAACCAGGCAUUUUGGGUACCAAAGAAUCCUGGAUGUUUGAAUCCACUUCAAGUGUUCUUCACAUUUGUUUUCAUGGAAAACUUCCUGGUGCCUCUGUUUUCCAAUACGAUAGAGGCAGCAAAGAUGCUGCUUCAACAAACACUAUCAAAUCUACAAGAACAAGUUUCCUCUUCAACAACACUCUGUCAAACCCUGAUGCUUACAUGGGUGAUGAUAUUUCCAUAUCAACAAGUUUCACCCAGAACAAAGUUUAUGGCAAUACAAUGAUGAUGGAAGAUGCUUCCCGUAAGACACGUUAA